AUGAGCGGUACUAAUCCAAAUGAUAAACCUCUCACUAAGAGACAACGAUGGAAACGAAAUCAAAAUCAGAAAAUUGCCACGACAAUAGCAACAAAUGUUGAAACGGCCAGCGGUGAACCACUUUUUGCUUUAAGCGAAGAUUUUCCAUCGCUACAUGAUGCAACAUCAAAUCGAACUGUGAUACCUAUCUCAUCUUUACAUCAAAAACAACCCAUGAUAUCAAAUAUACAUGACCAACAAUCAAUGGCACGACAAAGUUCUGAACAUAACAGAAUUGAUUAUAGUAUAAAACCAUUAAUACCAUCUAAUCCACUAUUAUCGCAAACGACAGUCACCAAAAAUUCGAAUACAAACGAAAAUCUUCCAACGACUGUAAAUAGCCAGAUAUGGACAAAUCAGUUAUACGCUACUUCAGAACAACAACCAACAAUGACUAUUACAUCUCGUUUGACACAAGCAUUUGCUAUGAAACCUGCUAUUAUAAACAAAGAUGAUAAUCCAUCACAACCAAUAGUACGAGAUUUAACACGACAUGAAAAUGAAAUAAAUAAAAAAAUAAGUGAAAUUAUUUUAACAAUACAUGAGAGUAAAGAAUUUGUAUCACGUGAACGAGUUCAACGUGAAUUAUUUGAUUUUUAUCAUGUUAAGUCUUGGAGUGAGUUGAAAGUUCAUGCAUCAAGAUUUAAUCCAUUGAUUAAUCUAACUGAUCGACAAAAAGAUGUGAAUUUUUAUAUGAAUGUUUUUGAACAAUUUUUUAAUUUAUGCACUCUACACGAUCUCGAUGUACUUCUUUCGAGAUUUUUAAAAGUGGAAAAAUAUGAAGAUCUUCGAUUGGGUCCACUUGAGAAAAAUCCAGAUGUACAACGAGUAUUUGCAUAUAACCCAACGAAGUCUAAUCAACCGAUUCUACCAUUAACUACUGGACAGGUUAUCAAUAGAUUUAUUGAAUUUCAAAAAGGAUAUCGACGUCAACGAUCCAUACCAUUCGAUGAAUUUCUUGAUCAACUUGUUGAUAUAUAUGAACUUCAAUCACGUGCAGAAUUAGGUAUUUUUUGCAAAUCAUUUCCUUUUUUAGUACAGGUAAUUGGUAGUGUACGACGAGAACAAGAUUGGCAUUCACAACAAGUCAGAGAACAAUUUCAACGAGAAUUUAUCGAAGAUCUUCGUACACGUUUAGCUGAAUUCAAAGAAAAAAUGCACGAUGAAAUGGAAUUUUCAUCGUUUAAUAAGAAGAAAACACCAACUGCUGUAUUCAAUUAUCUUACAUCGAUUGUUGAAAACUAUUUAGAUUUCAUACCACAACAAACAACACUUUAUGCAACUUUAGUUCAAUUUCGUGAAAAUGAAUUAUUACGAUGUUUACUCAAUAUCAGUAUCUAUCUAGGAACAAUCGAAAAACCUGAAGUAUUUAUUGCUGAAUUGAAAAAACUUCUUAAUUAUCAAGAAAAAAUCCCAUUGACUCAAACAACAAUGCCAAUGCAAUCACGAUCUAUUCUGAAUGAAAUCUUUAGUAAAAAAGAUCGCAAAAAAAUGCAAGCCAUGAUUCAACAGCAACAACUAUCAUCAACAUCACAACCGUCUCAGAUAUCAUCCGAUGACCUAAAUUUAACAGCAAAUACACCUGUUCAUACAUCUUUUGCAAGUUCAUUAUUAUCCUCUCAUCAAAGUAAACCAAAACCACCGGUAACUCUUAAACAAUUAUGUUCAGAUAUCUACAAUCUUCUUAUACAUUAUGAUAAUGUAUUAACAAUUAAACAACUUCUUAGAAUUGAAGGACGUCUCUGUACUCAAUAUGCAGUUAAUCAUUUUUCUGUAUUUAAUUAUGAUGAAAAUGAUGAUGAUAAUGAUAAUCCUUCAAAUUUACUAUCAUUUCUUGAUAAAUAUCGUCAACAAAUCGAUCCACAUGGAGAAUUAUCUAUAUAUGAACAAAUAUCAUCGACAGAUGAUCGACAAGAAUUAUAUUCAUUUAUUCAACAAUUAAAUAUUAUCAAUAAUAAUGAAAUAGAUGAUAAUAAUCAACAACAUAUAGUAUCUAUUCAUGGACAUAUUAAUUCUGAUUACAUACAUUUAAGUACAGAAAAAUUAUCCGCCAUUGAAAAAGCAAUUAAACAUAAAUUUCAUGGAUCUAUUCCUUUUCAUAGAGGAAAUCAAAUGAUAAAGAAAGCUAAACAACAACAUCGUAAAAAUAACUAUUCAAUUAUUCGUUUUGAAGAAUCAUUAUUAGAUAUAAAUGGUUUAAAUCGUUUGGAUAUUUGUCCAACAUCAUUGAAUAUUGAUGAAAAUCAAUUAUGUCAAUUAAUACUUCAUUGUCCAUUGAUGACUGAUCUUAAUAUUUGGUUACAAUGGUUAUAUUUCUUUCAACCAAAAUAUGGUACACUUAAAUCAUUUAUUAUUAAACAUGAAAAUGAAUUUAAAGAUCUUCGUUUACUUGAAACAUCAACUCGAGAAUUAUUUCGUUUACCUAAUCAUACCACAUUAGAUACAUUCGAACGUGAACUUCAUGCAAUUCAUAUUCGUUCAGCAGUUGGACAUUUAUGUGCAUUAAUUAUUCAAGAAGGUUUAAUUACUCGAUUUUCAUUUAAUGUCUAUAGAACAUCAAUGGAUACUUGGUUUCGUCAUCUUCGAUCUUUAGCUACAUUACAAAAUGAUCAAAUCAAUCCAAUGGAAUGUAUAUUAGAUUUUCUAUUGUAUCUACCAGUGCUUAUAGGUCAAUCACGAAUUGUUGAAGAACUUAUUCUUGGUCCACUUGAUGAUGUUUUUGGUAAUGAUCAAGAAAAUGCAAUUAAUGCACGUACAAGAAUAUGGAAUAUAGCAACUAAAGAACAAAGAUUAAAAUUAGAACUAUGGGGUCAUACAGUAAAUAUUAUGGAAUGGAAAAAUGAAAAUAAAUGGUUAGAUCAAGAAGAUUUUGAAGAACAAUCUAUAAUUAAAUCUGAAAUUAAACUUUUACGAAAUGACAAUAUUGAUAAUCCUGUCACAUCAUUGAUAACUCUAGUAGAAUCACCUAUUGUUUCAUCAUCGAAAAUAUCUACUAUGAUAUCACAUACUCCAACUGAAAAUGAUGAAAAUGAUCCAAAUCGAGCAGCAUAUGAACAUAUUGAAUCUAUUCGUCAUGGUUUUGGAGUUGAUAGUGGUCUUGAUACAAAUGGUCAAUCAAUUGUAAAUAAUUUACAAGGCAUGAUUGAGCGAAGUUUAGAAAAACUAUCUAAUGAUCUUUAUUCGGAUCAAGGUCAUUUUGUGUUAGAACUUAUUCAAAAUGCUGAUGAUAAUCAAUAUGAAUCAAAUCAUUUACCUACUUUACGAUUUAUUCUUUCAUCCGAACGAAUUCUUGUAUGUAAUAAUGAAAUAGGGUUUCAACCAAAUAAUAUUUCAGCUAUUUGUAAUGUCGGUGCUUCAACUAAAGGAAAACAUAAACAAGGUUAUGCGGGUCACAAAGGUAUUGGAUUUAAAUCAGUUUUUAUGAUAUCUCAUAGACCAGAAAUUCAUUCACGAAAUUAUCAUUUACGUUUUGAUACUGUUAAUGGUACGAAACAAAUAGGAUAUAUUCGACCCAUAUGGUUAGAUGAAUAUGAAGAAAUUUUACCUAAUUCUAAUGAAUGGACGACAUGUAUUCGUCUUCCAAUUAAACAAGAAACACGACGUGAUCGAUUACAACGAAAUUUCGAUGAUAUUCAAGCAAGACUUUUACUUUUUCUUAAUCGUUUACGACAAAUUGAAAUAAUUAAUCAGUCAAAUCUUUCUAGUCGAGUAUUUACACGAAUUGAUCAUGCUCAGGGACAAAUUAUAGAAUUACAAGAAAAAACUAACAAUGAAUCGAUUAUAAAUAAUUUUUGGUUAGUAAUUAAAAAAGUGAUUGAAGUACCAAUAAAUAUCAAAGAAAAAUUACGUGAUGUAAAAGGUGAUGUUGAUUCAACAACAAUUGCUGUAGCUUAUUCACUUAGCGGUAUACAAGAAUCAUCAAAUCAACUUCCAGCAACACAACCACUUUUUGCAUAUUUACCACUUCGUUCAUAUGGAUUUCGUUUUAUUCUUCAAGCUGAUUUUGAAAUUCCAGCAACACGUCAAGAAAUUCGUCGUGAUAAUUUAUGGAAUGAAUGGUUAAAAUCUGAAAUGACUUGUUUACUUUCUUUAGCAUAUCUUCAAUUUAAAAAUUUACCUGAUCUUCUUACAUCGUCAUCAAUUCAUACACAAAUAAACAAUUCUUUAACUCCAAUUCAAACAAUAAAAUAUUUUCUUAAACUUAUUCCAUCUCGUAAUGAACUCGAUCCAUAUUUUAAUUCAUUUGUUGAUGAAAGUAUUAAAUUACUAACAGGUAUUAUUCAAUUACCAAUUUUACGUCAAAAUGAAAACGAUGAAAUGAUUAUUGAUUGGGUUUUACCAUCAAAAUGUGUUAUUGUACGUGAUCCAUUUAUUCGAAAAAUUUUAUCACAAGAUUUACUUAUUUCACAUUUUAAUAGUUAUUAUGUUCAUGAACAAUUAGUUCUUGAAUGUGAUGAACAAAUUCUAUUAAAAUUAGGUUGUCGUCAACUUGAUUUCUCUGAUAUUACACGUCUUAUUGAGAUAUCAUAUAAACAAAAUGAACAAGAACGUCCAAAAACAACAUCAUCUAUUGAACAAAUUGCACAAUGGCUUGUAUGUCUCGAUUAUAGUCUUCAACAAAAACGAGAACAAAUACAUUUUGAUCAUGAACAUGAUGAACAAGAAGAAAAGGAAACAAUAAUUAAACUUAAACAAAUGAAAAUUUUACCAUUAAAACAACAAUCAUAUUUAGUAUCUGUUAAUGAAUUUGAUAAAUAUGGUAUUUCAUUUCCAUUAGAUAAAUCAGUUCUAUUUUCAAAACAUUUAAAACUUGUUCUUAAUGAUAUACCUACACUUGAUGAACAAUUACUUAAUUUUAUUGAAGAUAAAUAUCCACGACGAUAUGAUUCAAUAAAACAUCUUCUUCAAAAUCUUGGUAUAAGUGAUUCACGCAAUAUUCGUGAAAUAUAUCAUAAACAUAUUUCACCUGUUAUAUUAGAUCCAGCACGUUGGUCUUUAAAAUCUGAAUCGAUAUUAAUGGCAUAUCUUAUGUGUAUUUAUGAAUAUAUCUAUUUACCUAAUCGUGGAAUAUCAGAAAAUGAAUUAAAAAUCCUACAAAAUAGUAUGAUUAUUAAAACACGUGAUAAUAAAUUUGUUUCAUUAGGUUCACCAGACGUUGUUGUUCAUCUAACAGCAAAAUAUGGCUGUAGAAGAUCAUUGGAAUUUUUAAAAUUAUCAAAUCAUCAAUUUAUUUUCAUUUCUGAUGAUUAUUAUAAUGAAUAUCGUACUGAAUUAUUCCAUACAGAUAAUGAUUUACAUUACUUUGUUUCAUUUCUUAAAGAACUUAAUUUAAGUGAUUUUCUUCAAAUUAACUUACAAGAAAAACGGUUUAUUGACGUUGCUCAACUUGCAGAUACUGAAUGGGCAUAUUUAAUUCCACAAUUAUCUGAAUCAAUUCGUGAACCAUUUUUAAUAAAAGAUUAUUCUUCUAAAGAAUUUGAUAAACUUGUAUCAUUACCUAAUGAAAAUCAAACUGAGAAUAUUGAAUUAUGUAUUCGAUUACUUCAAUAUCUACAUGAUCAACAUCGAUCUAUUUCUACGUAUUAUUCAGCUUCGGUUUAUUUUGUUCGUACAUCCAAAUAUAAUCAGUCAACACCAGAACAAGGUAUUGAAUCUUCAUUUUGUUUUUCAUUACGACGACAUGCUUGGAUUCCUGUUAUUGGAAAUAAAUUAUAUAAACCUAAUGAAGUUUAUUUAUUAUCAUCCGAUCAGCAAACAUCUGUUUUUCGACAAUAUCUACCUCAUUUAGAUGAAUCAAAAGUUUCAUUAAACGAUAAAGAUUUUAUUUUCAAUAUACUUAGAAUAAAAUCACAAGUUACACAUCAAACUAUAUUUGAAUUACUAAUGAAAUGGUCAUGUGAUCUAGAUAGUGAAACAUUAUGGAAUUUAGUCAAUGGAAUAAAUACAUCCGAAAUUAUUCCUUGUACACUUCCCAAUACAUUCCGCCAAUCAUGUGUUGAUACAAUUGAAAAUUUCUGUCAAAUUUAUCAAUUUCUUGCUUCAAAUAAUGAGAUUCGCAUGCUUAUCAAUCGUUUUCGUUUAUGGCCUCUUAUAUUCAUUCCACGUGGAGAAAAACUUGGUGAUUUUCUAUUUGCUCAUCAAACAUUUUGGAAUGAUCCACUUUCAAUUUUAUCAUCACAAAAUACCAUAGCAGAUUUCAAUGGUCGUAUUCCUAUACGACCCUAUUAUGAUAAUCCACUUUUACAAUCAUUCUUUCUUGAGAUACUUCAUGUUGAAUCCCAACCAACAAUAGAUGAUUAUAUACCAUUAUUAUCAACUAUUCAAGAUAUUGACAAAAUUUGGCAAAUUAUUGAAAUAAUUACAAAAUUAACAAUUGAACAAAAUAAACAUAAAGAAGUUCGAGAAAAAUGUUCGAAUAUUCCAUUUAUACCAUGUAUAAAUAAUCAACAGAAAUUCAUGAAAUAUACGGAUCAUCUAUUCUAUCCACAUGAUAUUGAUAUUGCUGAUUUAUUUGUCGAUACAUUAUCAAUUAUUAAAUUACCCAGUUUUAAUAUUUCUAUUGAAUUUAAAGAAAAUUUUUGUUUACUUUUCAAUAUUGAAAAUCUUGAUAAAGUUAUUCAAACGAAGAUUGAUGUGGACAAUGAACAACCAUCAAUAGAUCUAUCGGAUUUUUAUAGUCAAUCUAUUGUUCUUAUUCAAGAUUUUCUAUUAAAUUGUUCAAUGAUAUCAACUGAUCGAUCUGACUGUCUAUCAAGUAAAUUUGCUCGGAUGAAAUUUCUUUGUGUUGAUCGUAUUCAUCUAUCGUAUUGUUAUGGAAGUAAUAUUGUUAAAACAGUACCAAAUUUAUACAGCGUUGAUACUUUUAUUGAUCAAGAAUUAUGUAAGUUUUAUAUUUUAAAAAAAUAUGAAACUUCAGAAAUGCGAUAUAUCGAUGCAAUGACUGAAUUUAUUGUAAAGAAUGAAGGAGAACGAUUGAAACUUUCAGGAUAUAUUAAAAAACUGUUACAAAUAUAUCAGAAUAAUGCUGAACAAGGUUUACAACAAUUACGAGAAAAUUUAAAACAAAAUUAUGAGCCGAAAUGGAUGAUACCAGAAUUUAUUAAAGAAAAGGUUUCACUUUUACUAUCAGUUAAACAAGAAGAAGAAAUAGUGCGUGAGAAGCCUAUAAUUACGAGCGAGAAGAUCGAACAAUUAGCAAAUGAGCCUAGUCGUCGACCAAAACCUAAACCAAAAGAAGUGACAAAGGAAGAAGAUGCAAAUCGAUUGACCAGUUUUCCUUUAAAAGCAGGUAGUAUUGAAUCAAAUGACGUUUCUUCACAAAAACCUUCUUCAAAACCACCAAUCGUAUCAAAAUUGGAUGAAUCAACUGAACAAACACAUGUGAAUAAUGAAACCUCACAAGUAUCUAAAGAUCAUGAACAAGAAAAUAAUGAACAUGUACUAACCAAGAAUAGAAGUAAGACACAUACUGAUGAAGAGACAAAACCAGUUCAAGAUCAUGCUGUUCGAUCUCGUGCUCCUAUGGUAUUUUCGGAGCCUGUUUCAUUACCACCGGCUAACUUCGAGCAUAUUACUGUUUCAAAUCUUACCGAUCUUCAACUAUUUACAUCUACAAUUGAUGACUCGUCUAGUGCUAUCCCAACCUUUCCAGUUGGUACUGAAGCUGAUCGUAUUACAGGUCGUCAGGGUGAAGAAUUUGUCUUUCAAUAUCUUAAAUGGAAAUAUCCUAAUAAUCAGACUGAAUGGAUUAAUGAAAACAAUGAAUCCGGUAGUCCUUAUGACAUUCGUAUGAUUGUUAAAUCAGAAAAUGAUCGAAUAGAACAUAUUGAAGUAAAAACAACUCGAUCUCAUGAUCAAAAUACAUUUCCAGUAUCAAUUGGUGAAGUUGAAUAUCUUCUUCAACAUCCAUCAAAUUAUUUUAUUUAUCGAGUAUAUUAUGCAGAUAAUAAAGAUUCAUCAACAAUCAUAGUGAUUAAUAGAAUUAAAGAUAAUCUACAACUGAAACGUCUUAAACUUAGUAUGACUAUUGCAACAAAAUCCAGCAAUUAA